GUUUCUUUCAACAGCUAACAUCUAACUAUCGCUAUGUUUUAUUUACGCGUUCAUAAUUAAAUCUAUUUUCCGAUGUUUCGAUGAUAAAAUCAUCUCUUUCUUCUGGAUCAUUUCAACUAUUUUUUCCAAUGGCAUAAGCAAUUGGCUAUUAUUUUCCUAGGUAAUUAUUUUUCUUUUAAUCACCAAAAUGGCUGAUAAUUUUGUUAAAAAGUUGAAAACUUGUACCUUCACCUGUCGUCCUCGAAGCCAGAAAACAACAACCUUAUUCAACUGUCCGACUGAGGUAAUUAACAAAGUGUUUGACUAUCUUGAUCUUCCUUCAUUGAGUCGAUUGGCUUUCACCUCCAAAUCUCUGAGAGAUUUAAUCCAUAACUAUUACAUCAAACCCCAAAAUGGUUACAGACGAUUAUUAUCAAAUCAUUUCAAUUGUAAAGAUUUUUUAAAUCCUGGUGACCAAGAUGAACGGGCCAAAUCGGAUCACAUUAGCUUUUUUGAAAAUCUUGGUUUACUUUUCAAACGGUUAACUUGUUUGUAUCCAACGGAUGAAAGAUUAGGCCUAAUGGUUACCUUCAUGCAUAGAGUUACUCAAGGUUUACCUAACCAUAAAACGACGAAACAAAAAAAUUACAAUGCAAGCUUUGUAUUGAAGUGCUUUGGGACUUUUCUUCAUACCAUAAUUAUUGGCUGGGAAGAAAACGAAUGUAUUAAAGUGUUCCAAUUUUUAGAAACCACUUUUGAAUUGGAACAGGUCGUGUCCGAUGUAAUCGACUCCAUGCCUGGUGAAAGCAACGGCUGUGAAUAUUUUGUUCGAUGUUUUUACCGGUACAUAUGUUUGGAUCGUCUUCGCAGACCCGAGGAUAAACGCUUUUGGAUAUCAAUGAUUAUAUCUAAAUAUACUAACGACUGUAAAUCAGGUUCCGAUGCCUUUAGUAUUAUGGCCAGAUUAUUGAUCAUCUUUUUUGGUCCACUAGUUCUUGAUGAGGAACUUGGAACACCUAUGAUUGCUUGGACCGAAUUGACAUUUAGAUUUUUCACCAAAGAGCUUCAUCUUCUAGGCCAAUACAUUCAAUACUUUAACCAACUCUGGAGUGAUGAGAAAAUUUUCCACCUAAUCUCCUUCAUCACCAAAUUUCCUGAUCCAUGGUCACCAGAAAAUAUUGGAUCUCUUUUUUACCUUUGCGGGGAAAAGAUAGUCAAAGCUAGAUUGUGGCACCAUUUUGUGAACGGGGAAAUAAUGCCAGCUGCUAAUGUGAUCAUUUACCAAGCUCUUGUUUGCCAAAAAGUCAAUGGAAUGAUUAAUAAUAAUAUUUUAGACAUGAUCGAGGAGUGUUUAUCAUCCAACGUAUCUACUGAAUUGAAGCAAGAAUUCAUAACAGCUCUUCCUCAGGCAUUCACAGAUGCUUACGCUGAAAUGGAUAUUUUGGUUGAUGAUGAAGAUGAACGCGACAGUAAAGAUUUACUGGACAUUGUCAGUUCCAUGGGAUCCUUUAUUUUUUUAUUAAUCUACCGUCAUUAUAGUUCACUUAUUUGUCCAACUGAUUUAGUUAUCCGACAAUUAACUUACUAGCUAAUAUGCAACAAUCAGAGGUUGAACUUAGAAACACUUUUCAAAUAUUUCUUCAAAUUGUUGAACAACUAACAAUCUUUUUCCAAAUCAAAUACUGUUAGUUCAAAUCACUAUGCAGAUUGACCAUUAACCAAAUUGGUUACAAAUUGAAUUAAGCUCAUACCCUUUUUUAUCAUUUAUUUAUUUUCUGUAAUUUAUUAUGUACAACAUAUUUGCUUCAAUAAUAAUCACAAAUUUACUUCCUCA